GGGGCCGCCCUUCGCCUCGGGAAAUUUGGCAUUCCAUGGGACACGUGGGGAUCCGCCUGGAGCCUCAUCCCUUCCCCUGGGAAUCUCCUCCUCGCUCCCAGGAGCGCGGGGCUGACUCAUGUGCUGUCUCUUGUGCCGGGCGAUGCGCUCCUGCCCCGGGCAGGUGCCGACCUGCAGCAGCGCCGCCGAGGGACAGCCGCAGGCUGGCUAAGAGGAUCGGGGAGCCAUGAACUGGGGGGCGUUUGAGGGGCUCCUCCGUGCUGUCAAUGUCUACUCCACAGCCUUCGGCCGCAUCUGGCUCUCCCUGGUCUUCAUCUUCCGCCUGCUGGUCUACCUGGUGGCGGCCGAGAAGGUCUGGAGCGACGACCACAAGGACUUCGAUUGCAACACGCUGCAGCCGGGCUGCACCAACGUCUGCUUUGACCACUUCUUCCCCGUCUCCCACAUCCGCCUCUGGGCCCUGCAGCUCAUCCUGGUGACGUGUCCGUCCCUCCUGGUCCUCAUGCACGUGGCCUACAGGGAGGCCAAGGAGGAGAGGCGGCGUGAGAUCCAAGGGGACAAUUAUCGCUGCAAAUACCCCAACCCCGGCAAGAAGCGGGGCGGGCUCUGGUGGACGUACCUGCUCAGCCUCAUCUUCAAGGCCAGCGUGGACGUGGUUUUCCUCUACAUCUUCUUCCGCCUCUACAGGAACUACACCCUGCCCCGGCUGGUGAAGUGCGAGCUGCCGCCCUGCCCCAACGUGGUGGACUGCUUCAUCUCCCGGCCCACUGAGAAGAACAUCUUCACCCUCUUCAUGGUGGUCACCACCUGCGUCUGCGUGGUGCUGAACCUCGUCGAGGCCACCUACCUGAUUGGGAAGAGGUGCCACGAGCGCCUGGAGGCCGGAGGAGGGGACAGCCAGCAGCACAGCCACGACUGCCCCGUCUCCUGUGCCAACCCCGUGGGCACGGGCGGGCAGGCGUUCCGUGGGGCUGACUACAAACCCCCCACAGCCACCAUCCCGCUCACGGCCUCCUGCCCCAGCACGCUGUCCGAGGAUGAGGCUCCCUCCUAGAGCUGCCCAGGAGAACAGAGGAGCUGCUCACCUGGCCUGCAACUUCCUGGCUGCUCUUCCUCCCCUGUGCUCCAGCGCAGGGCGCUGAGGGUGGCAGCACCUUGGAGCUGGGCUGUGUCUGAGGGGUUUCUGACUCUCCUGUGCUGGGAAAGGCACUCUCCAUCAUCCUGCUGAAUUUGGGGUAAAGCUGGGGCUGUAGAACACGUUCUGUCCCUGGCAGUGGCAGGGAGCAGCAGCUCCAUGGCAGCUGUGAAUUUACAGUGGUGCCCAGACUCUGAGCCUGCACCAGCCAGGACAGACACCCUGAUCCCCCAGGAAACACCUCUUCCUAUCUCUCACCCUACAUCAGCCACUCAGUGGGUGUCAGGGCCACCUCAGACUGAUGCAAUUGUCAUUAAUAACACUCAUUAGUUGAGUGGGGACAAGAGCAGGUUCCUGGUGUCCCAGCCAGGGCGAAGCGCAGGCGUGAGGAUCCAGCCAGGCAGGCAGAGCCCGCUGUGAGCUGCUGGAUCAUCCUGCCUGGCCAGGGCAAAACACCUGAGCAAAACAGCCGGACACAGGAGAGGAAAA